AUGAAUAUCUUAUAUCCAGAGCGGGGGUCGUUGCUCCAGUGUUCAAUCUCUUUACUUCGUUGGGGAACUGGCAUUUAUCUAACACCCGAUGAGGAGAGCAUCGCUAGCUCCAUGAGCUAUGCAGGACAUGCACAUUUAACUCUCACGGCAGACUUGUUCUCCUGGGAGAGGGAACUCAACUCCCACCUCGAAAGCAACGGAAGAAUUCUUUUGGACAAUGCAGUACACGUGUUAAUGGUCUCACAGAUUCUUUCAGAGUCCAGCGCAAAGGAAGUCGUGAGAAACGAGAUUAGAGCACUUGAAGAACGAUUCCUUCAGUUGAAAGGACAGUACGAGGCUACCACCGAACCAGUGGAGUCUAUCAUCAGAUGGCUUAACUUGCUGGAAGACAUAAUGGUUGGCAACUUCGUUUGGAGUCUUCGGACUACUCGUUACUCAUGUCCUGGCCCAAAUCCUUAUCAAGAUCACCUCAAGGCUUUCGACUAUGACGAUAUUCAUAUUGUAAGGCCACCAGCUCAGACAGCUGUCCCAAUUCUUGAGGCAGAUCCUAACCAACCAAACUAUCUUGAUCCCGUAUUGGAUGCGUACUCUUACAUCAAUUCUUUGCCGUCAAAAAAUGUUAGACUGAGAUUGAUACUUGCUCUUGAUUCCUGGUAUAAAGUGCCAGGGAAGUCGCUGUUGAUCAUAGAGGGAGUUAUCAACUUCCUGCACAGCUCAUCUCUAUUGCUCGAUGAUAUCCAGGAUGACAGCUCACUAAGACGGGGCAAACCAGUGGCUCAUCAAAUCUUUGGCACGGCCCAGACCAUCAACACUGCCACAUAUUUGAUCAAUGAGGCCCUGUGUCUCGUACAGAUGCUAUCACCCUCUGCUGUAUCUGUUUACUCGGGUAUGCCAAAUCCGUCAUAUUCACCUGGAGAAUUUUCAACACUGACUCUGGCAGAGGAAAUGCGCAACCUUCAUCUUGGCCAGAGUUACGAUCUUCACUGGAGUCACCAUUCCCAGAAACCAACGCCAGAGGAGUAUUUCAAUAUGGUUGACGGGAAAACUGGUGGCCUGUUCCGCCUGAUUUGCCGUUUGAUGAAGUCCGAAGCCAUGCAUAAUAGGGACCUCAAUCUUGAUCACUUUGCGACUUUGCUCGGGAGAUACUUUCAAAUCCGCGAUGAUUAUCAAAAUCUCUUGAGCGCAAAGAAAAAAGGGUUUUGUGAAGAUUUUGACAAAGGCAAGCUGUCUUUUCCUGUGAUAUUGGCAAUGAGAUCCAAAGAAUUCGCCACGAUCUUCUCGAGCAUCUUCAAUGGCCACCACAGCCCGGGAACCCUUUCACUAGAGCUCAAGCAAUAUCUUUUGGAUCGAAUUGCUGAUGGAGAGGCGUUCCCUCAAACGAAGUCCGUGUUGAAUAAGUUGCAUCUUAAAUUGCUCAAUCUACUUGGAGACAUCGAGAGAAGCAUUGGGAUUGACAAUUGGCCUUUGCGUAUGUUAAUACUCAAACUGAGGAUUUCUGAUGGAGCAGAGAAACAAGCAAGUCAAUUCGACGCAUCUUGGGAAAUAAGCCAACGACGACUGUGGGAAGGUGUUUCGAAGAACAGCCCAGUCGAACCAAAGUCAACUUCACAUCAACUUCCGAAGAAUGGCGAACGCUCCUUUGAAGAAGGCUGA